CGAAAGAGUGCAACUCGGAAACCGAGCGGGAUUCAUCGUUCGAUCGCGCGCCUAUCGGAUCCAUCUAUCCUCGGCGCUCGAAAACGAAACAGCCCGGAAGAAAAGAUCGUUCGUCGUUCAUCAUCGGCAACAGGACAUCCGGAAGAGUACCUGAGCUCUCCGCGUGCGGAGAGACGGUCUUCAUCUCGUUCGCUUCUUGUUCGCCACCGUGGAUAUCGUUGAUAGAUCCUAAUAGCUUCUCCGUAAGAAGAUACGGCCUUACGCACAGACGAUCUACCAUCCUUAUUCGCGAGUGAUUACGAUAGAUAUACGAUAGAUCGUAAUAGUCUAAGAGCCGCUAAGGAGAGAUGCGCUGCUUGCCCGCUCUCGCAAUGAUGUUUAUCAUCGAGGAUAUUAUCGAUAGAUCGUGAUAGUUUUACCGUAACGCAUUUGCGCUACCGCCCCGAUCAGCCGCGAGAGGAGAUGAUCCACCGCGUGUGUGAAAAGUGUAACGCGGAAAGUGGCAAAUCCGUGAGGAUCGACGCCGACAGCGAUCUUCACUUCGACAGUGCCGUCGACUCGCAGGAACGAUCGACCGGUUUAUUCGACACGGUGUUUCGUCGAGGUGUUUCGUGAUCCUCAAUCUCACUGCGCGCUGUUGCCCCGGGCAACAGUUUAGUGGCUAGUGAACGGAGUUUCAUGUAUUGUUUAUAACGGGGCAGAGAUCAACAAGACCGCUUUAAUGUCCGCUACAAAUCAAUUUUACGCCAUUCGAUAAAGGGAAUCGAUUUUAUCGCUGAAAAUAUACGUAAAGUAUACAGUAACAAAGUCGUUAAGCCCUUCGCGUGUAUAAUUUGAUUUCUUCUUCUUUUUCGCACGCAGCAAUUUUACACGGAAGAUUGCCUGACGCUCACGAAAUCAUCGAAAAGAACUCAGCGCUGAGAGAGGGUUAAUGUCACUAUCAUCGCGCCGUGAGACGGAAAGUGACGGUCGCCGAGCGACCGCGGCGGAGUGAUAUAAUUGAAGAAGAAAGUGCCAGCGCAUCCGAGCCCGUUAUUAAGCGGUAAUGAGCGGGUGCCGAGCGGGGAGUGAAGAUGCCUUCGAAAGCAAGCGUUGUGCUCGCUUCACUUGCAUCACAGGGAUUAAAUGACGCUAAGCUCUCGAGCUCCGCGGCGUCACCCUGAAGAGGACUGUCUCGCUUGAAUCAGCCUCAGUUCUCUAAUCCUGACGACCAUACCGGCUCACUUUGAUGUUCUUCGGAAUCGUUUAUGCGAUAACGUUAUUUCGAAACGUGUGAGAUCAUGUCGUCGAACGGUGAAUUCUCGACGAUGUCCAGCGAGGAGAUGCCUUCUCUGCCCAAAUCUCUGCCAAGUUCGAGAGAGGCCACCGCCGAGGGUGGUUCCGGUUCCAGCGGCGGAUACAUGCCACUACGAGAGUUUCUGGAUCGAUUUUCGUUACCAAGGGUCGUCAGACUCGAAGGUACCGGCGGUAGACCGGUGCUCCUGUACAAGCAGCAACAGCGAUCCUUGAGAGUCACAGCGAGCUUGCUGAUGCAUCGGUAUCGACAUGACGUCAAAGUGGGACCGGAGAUUGUCAUCCCGGAGGGUUAUCCAGGAUGGUUUUCUGUGAUAUCUGGCAAUAACACGACGGGCAGCGCUCGCGUCUACCGAAGAGUGGACUCUUUGGUGAAAACGGGAGUGCCUGCUUUUCUGUUGGCGACUCCUCUGAGAGCCUACACGUUGACGCAUUCGAAAAUGGAGAAUGGAAAUCUGCGGGCUCAUUAUACGAAGACGACGAUCAGAGCUGGCGAGAUAUUGCGGCUUGUAGCGGUCUUCCAGGAUACGAGACGGUGUAGCUCAGUCUCCUUUAGCAUUUCUGGUGGGUGCCCUGAAAAGGACCAGUACGCGCAAUGCAUCGAUCUUCACGGACGAGAGGUGUUUGCCUCAUUAUCGACCAGGGGUGAAUUCUAUGCGAUCUGUCAGGGUGGAAACGAUACCGGAAGCGACGCGGUGCUCUACAAAGUUCAUCAUCUCGCCAAGAGACAGUUGCCUCUCAGAGUGCGACUAAUAGCGGGACCGCUACCAGUGCCGUUGCCAAAGGAAUAUGGCGGUCUAAUGCAAUUGGAGACAUCAACGCGUGGUCCGAUAGUAUUGGGCUGCGUUGUUCCUGAGAGACCGGUGCAUAAUCCGGAAAUGCUUGAAUUGGUCGUGUCCGGUAAUGGAGCGCCGAGAGUACGAAGAGCUCGAUUGGGUUAUCCUUCGGAAGCGAGAUUGUUAGCUUCCCCGAAAAUGCAACGAUUAUUAUCAGCUUGCAGUCGAACGGUCGGAGAUCGUGCAACGGAACCACGAGUAGCUCCUACGAAACUGCAUCCGUCGACCAUCGAAAGUUUGAAAGAGAUGCAUUUGAAGAAGAUCAAGCCGAAACCGGAGACCAAGCCAAUUUUACAGAGUUUGAAGGACGGGUUGGAGCAUCUAAAGCGGAACUCCAUCAAGGAGCGGAAUCAACAGACAAAGCAGAGCACCGGAAACGGCAUUCUGGAGAGGAUCUCAAAACUCACGCAGGGUAACAGAAAUCGCAAUCCUGCAAAGAAGUCAGCCUCCUUCACGUUUGCAGUGAGGCCAGAAAUAGCCAUGAGAUCUCAGGAGCGUUACUCCAGUCUGGAGCCGGAAACUACCUCUCAUCAGAUCCGCCAGAAUCAAAACGCCAAGCAGCCGGUACAGAGAUCCGUGUCAACCAGCGUAUUGGAGAUACCAUGCGUCGAGCUACAACCUAACUAUUCUCGCGUGAAGGACAGUCUGACACCGCUGCCGUCACUUCCAAAAUUAGUCAAGAGCAGCAACAAUAAAACCGAGGAAAUCUACGCUGAAAUCUGCGAUACAGCGACGGCGAACCAGGCGCAGAAGUGUCCAGGUAGUCACGUGAUGGCAAGAAUCAGAAUCGUCGUACAAGGUAAUGACUCAUCCUUAGGAGCGCACAAUGUGAUUAGCAAUGACAGAUAUAUGAAUUCAAUGGUGACAAGCGAGCAGAUUGACUCAAUCAUCAGUACAGAGGAUGAAGUGAUCUAUAACACUAUAUUUUAAAAUUAGGAUGUCGUACAAAAUACAUGUAUUAUGCUUAUGAACGUAAGUCAAAAAAAGAUUUCAUUGUAACUCGAAACAGCGAUGUAUCAAAAUUUCUAAAAUGUAGGCAAACCGGCUGUGUUCAUCGCGCAAGCGAUCAACUUUCUAUCCGUUGUUUCGAGAUGUAUCAUAUUGUGUAAGAGAAUAUAUUAAGAAAAUCUGUAUAAGUAUUUUUGUAGAAAAAUACAGAAAUCUUCUGUACAUAUCUUUGCCAUAUUAUUAAUGUACUAACAAUUGAGAUAAGAACGCGUUUUAAAAAUGUUUCUUAGAACGACGAUUUGUUCAAA